CGUGCGCGGUUAUUUCGGCGAUAUCUAACCUCGCGUCGCGACCGAACUUCUCUCGCGUUCGAGGGCCGCGUUGCCGCCUCGCGCCGCGCGCGUUUAGUUUCCGCAACGAGCCGCUUUUAAUGCGGCGCGGCACUUUCGUCGUGCCCGAGUGACUGCCACGAGCUCCGAAACACAAACUUGCGUUUAACGUUCCGCGCCUGACGAGAUACAGCUCUUUAAAUGGUUAUAAAACCGCUUUCUCGACGCACCAAUCGGCCAGUAGGCUUGAGUGAAUAUAAACGUUCAUGGUUCAAAACCCUUAUAGAAAAUCAUCACAUUUAAUUGUCACUUGUGUGCGUUAUUACUAAGCACCGAGCUCGUUUUCCUAAUGUUAAUGAGAAGUGUUUGUUUACAGUAUUUAUUACGGGUUGACAGCAGCAAAUAAAAUAUUUAGCAUGUACCGUAGUAAAAAAAAAACAUAACGGCAUUAGCAAUUUUAUCUAUGUUAUUUAUUUAGACAAAAUACUAUUUAACAAUAAUAACUAUAUAGAGAUAUAUUUAUGUACUCUAUUUUGUUAGUAUUUUUUCCUGAUAUCAAUUUUACGUUUUAUGUAUUUAUUUUUGCUUUCUGCUGUCCUGUCUCGUUUCUGUUCCGCAGGUCGGUGUGUAAUUCCGCGUGAAGAUGUCGACCGCGGUCGCGUGAAGGUGCGCGCGAAGUCACGCACCGGUGGUCGCGCGAGCUGCCCUCUUUAGCGCGAGCUGCGAGCGAGACGGUGAGAUGGGGAGCGUAAUGUGGGCUGCAUCAAAACUCCCUAUGAUGUUUGUGAGAAGUGUGAUCUAUAAUGAAUAAUUACAAAUAGGGGUCAAGGAUAUCCGCACCAGAAGAAAUUCACUGCAUUUUAUGUCCAUAAAAAGCACAUUAAAUGUUUUGGUGUGGAGUCGGUGAAUAAGCAAACGGUUAACUAAAAAAUACACUCAACAGAACGGGCUUUGGACACAAAGCCUUGAGAUGGAGAAGAUGACCAGGGUCAGCACCAUCAGCGGCUCUACCAUGUUUUGUCACCUGGAUGCACCUGCCAACGCCAUCAGCGUGUGUCGGGAUGCUACACAGGUGGUGGUUGCCGGGCGAAAUAUUUUCAAGAUUUACGGCCUGGAGGAGGACGGUUUCGUGGAGCGUCUGAAUCUGCGCGUGGGACGCAAGCCCUCGCUGAACUUCAGCUGCGCAGACGUCAUGUGGCAUCAGAUGGAGGAGAACCUGCUGGCCACCGCCGCCACUAACGGAGCCGUGGUGACGUGGAACCUGGCUCGGCCCUGCCGUAACAAACAGGAACAGCUGUUCACCGAACACAAGCGCACGGUCAAUAAAGUCUGCUUCCACCCCACUGAGGUCAACAUGCUGCUGUCCGGCUCUCAGGACGGAUUCAUGAAGUGCUUCGACCUGCGCAAGAAGGAGAGCGUCAGCACCUUUUCUGGUCAGUCUGAGAGCGUGAGAGAUGUGCAGUUCAGUAUUAAGGAUUAUUUCACGUUCGCCGCCUCGUUCGAAAAUGGAAACGUGCAGCUGUGGGACAUUCGCAGACCCGACCGAUACGAGAGAAUGUUCACCGCUCACACGGGACCCGUCUUCUGCUGUGACUGGCACCCCGAGGACAGGGGUUGGCUCGCCACGGGCGGACGUGACAAGAUGGUCAAAGUCUGGGACAUGUCGACCAACCGCGUGAAGGAGAUCUACUGCGUUCAGACCAUAGCGUCGGUGGCCAGGGUGAAGUGGCGUCCGGAGCGCCGGUAUCACCUGGCCACCUGCUCCAUGAUGGUGGACCACAACAUCUACGUGUGGGACGUCCGCCGGCCGUUCAUCCCCUUCGCCACCUUCGAGGAGCACAAAGACGUGACCACAGGAAUCGUGUGGCGGCAUCAGCACGACCCAUACUUCCUGCUGUCGGGCUCCAAGGACAGCACUCUGUACCAGCACAUGUUUAAAGACGCCAGCAGACCCGUCGACCGCGCCAAUCCCGAGGGACUCUGUUUUGGGCUGUUUGGAGACCUGGCGUUUGCUGCUAAAGAGAGUCUGAUGACCGCUCCCCAGUCUGUAGGAGAUGUGGGACGUAAAACCUACCCGGGUGGCGAUCGGCGGUACCCUAUCUUCUUCUUUAAGAAGCCCGAUGUGACGGAGCAGUUCGCGCAGGUUUCGAGCGCGCUCAGUGUGUUUGAGAGCGAAGCGGGCAGCAGCGUCGGGAUGGACUGGUUCAUUAACACCGCACAGAGUUACCUGCUUAGCGGGAAGCCCUUCGCCGAACUCUGUGAGCACAACGCUCAAGUCGCCAAGAGACUCAACAGACCACAGGAAUCAACCACAUGGACAAUGCUGCGAAUCAUGUUUUCAGAGCCAGCUAAUCCGUCCUUGUCAACCAAUCACAAUCUAAAUAAAUCAGGAAACCUCCCGCUCGUCAACAGCUUCAGCAUGAAGGAGAUGAGCGCCGCCCUCAGUGAGAGGAACAAAGAAAACAGACAGGACAACCUCCACAGCCUGGAGACCAACCUCAACAACAAUGACGAGAACGAGGAGACGGAGGGCAGCGAGGGUCAGGCGGAGUAUCUGUUUGGAGACGCCGAGCUGGACGACGACGAUCUCUACAGCAUGGAGCACGACAACCAGGCAGCAGAGGAACCGGAGUACCUGCUCCCUCAGGAGGCGUUCCCGCUACGCCACGAGAUCAUGGACCACCCCUCGGCCCCGGAGCCGGUGCAGGAGAAGCCCGAGUCGCCCCACGUCAGCGGGAGCGAAGCCGAGAGCACGUGUCUGACUCCCAUGGAGUCCUUCAGUCUCAUUUCCGUCUCGCAGCUGCUGUUCUCGCCUCACCUGCCGCCCAAGUUCUUCUGCCCCAUCGUGAAGGAGAUGCUGUGCUACUACGCCGAGCAGGGCGACGUGCAGAUGGCCGUGUCCGUGCUGAUCGUACUCGGCGACCGCAUCCGCAAGGAGAUCGACGAGCUCACGCAGGAGCACUGGUACAUGUCCUACAUCGACCUGCUGCAGCGCUUCGAGCUGUGGAACGUCAGCAACGAGGUGAUCAAACUGAGCACGUGCGGCGCCAUCAUGUGUCUGAAUCAAGCCUCCACCACCUUACACAUCAACUGCAGCAACUGCAAGAGACCAAUGAGCAACAAGGGCUGGAUCUGUGACAGGUGCCAUCAGUGUGCGAGUGUGUGUGCCGUCUGUCAUCACGUGGUCAAAGGCUUGUUUGUGUGGUGUCAGGGCUGCAGUCACGGAGGACAUCUGGAGCAUGUGAUGGAGUGGCUGAAACAGUCCAAACACUGCCCGGCCGGCUGCGGACACCUGUGUGAAUACACCUGACACACACACACACACACACACACACGCUGGACUCUCUCUAACAGAGCAGUGAUCAGGCUGCUACUUACAAGGAAAAAUACGCAUAACUAAGGAGUAGGUGAUAAUCAAACACAAAGGGAAUCUGUACCCAAUCAAAUGUGUGCUAAAAAACAAUCAGCCCACUAAUUAUUUUUUUUUAGUUUUUGAAGAUUUUAUUUUAUACAGCCUAAUGUACAUAAGAGGUGCACUUGCUUUCUGAAUGUGAUUCAUCUUGAAAAUAUUCUUCAAACAUUGUGUAAAUGAACACAUUGCAUUGAAAUCAGAUGUAUUUAAAAAGAAACAUUGGUGUUUGCCAAUAAAGACAGUUUUACUAAUCA